AUGCAUCGUAUUCUCAUUAUUUUGUCUUAUGUUGUUUUCAUAAGUUAUAUUAAUGGAGCUUCGUCUCGAUCACGAACAUCCGUUAAAAGAGAUGCUAUUGAAUUAGCCGACUUGUAUGGAACGUUUUGGGCUUCAAGACCUGCUGUAUUUAGCAAAGUAGAACCUUUUAUAUAUUGCAGAGUUCUGGAAACAUGCUGUGAAGAAAAACAACGUCAAGAAGCAAUACACUUAUCUUUUUUCACGUCUUUUGGUACUGAUGAUAGAGAUCACUUUCUAGAAAUUGUAGGAUCAUGUGUGAAUUCAACAGAACAAACUGGAGGAGGUAAAUGGUGUCAAACAUACUCUCAAGAGAUAAUCUCAUCAGAGGAUCUUCGAUCAAAUGCUCAUGCAAAGCAGUUUGCACAGCUGAUGAUACCAUUUCUCCAAAAACUUAGCAGAUUUGAAGCCGGUGCAUCAGACUCUUGUGACGACGAAGAAAAGUAUGCGAUGAUGUGUCUAUCUAACAAGAAAUUAAUCCAAACAUGUCUUCAUAAAACACUUAAAGAUCUGAUUAAACGCUUUGGUUACAAGUCCUAUAAAAAACUUUUAACAGAAAACAAACAAGCACUGAUCGAUAUUAGUCAACAAUGGUUUACAAUAUCUAUAAAAGAUGAAGAAACAAAUUAA